UGUAGUAAUUCGGGAUAUGGUAUAUAAAGGGCCUUACGAGGGUAAAGUGCUUGAUUUGAAGACAUCGUCCAUAAACUAGCAGAUUUGACUCUUCUCGGCAAGAUAAAUUCAAUAUCAAUGGUCUCUGAUGGACUUCCUUAUCAACAUGCAGAUUUCAAAAUACCACCAGUGACGGGUGAUAUAGAUAAAAUCGUGAAAAAUAUAGAAGCAUUCAAAUGCUUGUCAUCAUUAUUAUUGUUUGCUGAUCAUAGCGCUUCGAAUAUCACAAGUUGUUCUAAAUACUACACAAAGCAACAAUUGCCCGCCUCUCUACGCCGAGAUAUUUUCAUAUCGCUGAAACAACUCUUACAAGCUCACAUUUGUAAUUACUUCAUUGUUGAAUCCACAAAUGUUCUGCCACAACUGAUAGAAAGCAUUGAUCUUUAUGAUCAUGCCACCCAAGAAGAAAUUAUGCAACUGUUACUCUUUGUUAUGAUCGACCUAAAUUUUGUCCCAUUGAAAGAGUUGGCUGUUUUGUCACUCCAUCUUCAAAGUAAGAUAUAAACGAUGCAUUCAUUCACUAGCUUGCGAUUUUUUUUUGUUAAAAAAUACGAAAAGGCAACUCAUCUGGAAAGAUGAUUGCACUUAUUUGUACAUAUUUAAUUAGACUAUUAAGGACAUCUCACAAGUACGAUAACGUGGUUCAAGGCGCUGGACUCAUCAAAAUAAUGAGCUUAUUAUUAUCUGAUACUAUCGAGAAAUUACAAAAAGGGGUGCCUAUCGAUGAA